GUUUAAUGAAGGGUGGUUUAAGAUUAAUUUGUGGUUUAUAUUUGUUGUUAUAUACUCACGUAGAAAAACCCACAUUUUAUUUGAUAUAUUAUAUUCCUUGUGGAGCUAGGAUUGGGAGAAAAUGAUGAUCAAGCAUUUCUUGCUCCUUUGCUUGUUGAUCCAUAGCGCCAACGGAGCAGGAAAACGGGCAGCUGACCCGCCGCCACUAGAGAAGAAAUGGCUGACUCUACAUGGCGGCGAUCCUCUGGUGGUGGCGAAUGGGGGACUGUCUGGUGUCUUUCCAGAGAGCAGCUGGGGGGCUUACUCUUUCGGCAUACCCCAGAGUUUGCUGGGCUCUGCCAUGCUGUGUGAUCUAAAGCUCAGCAAGGAUGGGUUUGGUUAUUGUCUGUCCAGACUGCUCCUCCAGAAUACAACCACAGUUGCCGACACUUUCCCCAAACUGCGCAGGACCUACGAUGUCAAUGGCCAAAAGCUUACCGGAUGGUUUGGGAUUGAUUUCAAUGCCCAAACCCUCUUCGAAAAUGUAACAUUGAUACAAAGCCUAUUCACUCGGACUGCAAGCUUUGAUAACAGCUACACGAUAAGUUCACCGGAGUCGCUGGAACAAUUGGGGACCGAGAAAGACGUGCCCACCGUGUGGAUCAAUGUGGAGUACGACAUGUUCUACAAGCAGCACAAGCUGAGCGUCAAAUCCUACCUCCUGGAAAUGAUGCAGGCUGUGAAAAUCAACGUGGCUUACAUUUCGUCUCCAGAAAUUGGUUUCUUGAAGAGUGUCGGGCCAAAAGCUAAACCAGCAAAGAUCUUUCUCAAGUUCCCAAAUGACAUGAAUGCCGUUGAGCCCUCAACAAGCCAGAAGUACGGAUCACUGAUCAAGGAUCUGGCCAUGGUAAAGACCUUUGCGGAAGGAAUCCUCGUCCCAAAGGAACUCAUAUGGCCAGUCAGUAAGGACCGCUACCUGGAGCCGUCUACGACUCUUGUGACAGAUGCCCACAAACAAGGCCUUGAGGUGUUUGCCUAUGGCUUUGCAAACGAUAACUACAUCCCUUACAACUAUAGCCUUGACCCGGCGAACGAGUACCUCCAGUUCAUUGACAACUCCCACUUCUCAGUGGAUGGCGUGGUCACCGAUUUCUGCUCCACCGCGUCAAAUGUCAUUGCGUGCUUGGCUCAUAACAAGAAUGCUUCUAGGGCAUUGAGGAAGUUGGUCAUUUCCCACAAUGGGGCUAGUGGCGACUACCCGGGAGGGUCGGAUCUUGCUUAUCAGAAAGCGAUGGACGAUGGUGCUGACAUAAUCGAUUGCAACGUCCAGCUUUCGAAAGAUGGAGUCGCGUUCUGCCAGGACUCUGCCGACCUCAAGUUCACAACCACAGCAGGAACAGAUUUCAUGGAUAGAGUGGAGCAAAUCGAAGGGGUCAACGAUGGGCAGCCCGGGAUUUUCUCCUUUGGUCUUACCUGGGUUGAGAUUCAGUCCCUAAAGCCUAAAAUAAAGUCUCCAUACGAGGCGCCAUUGGACAGGAACCAUGCAUACCAAUUUUCUGGGAAGUUCAUGACACUCGCAGACUUCCUGGAUUUAGCAAAGGCAAAAGCCGUACCAGGAGUAAUGGUCGGCUUAGAAAAUGUUGCCUACCUAGCAACAAAGGGUCGUGACCUCAUCGCAACAGUCACAUCUGCGCUGAACAACGCUUCAUUCGACAAGCAAAGCAAGCAGAAGGUGAUGAUCAAGUCAGACGAAAGCUCCGUGCUCUUAAAGUUCAAAAGCAACCCGAAUUACGAAAAAGUGUUGGAGUUCAAAAAGGACUUCAGCUCGGUGCCCGGGAAUUUGGCAGCCGAGGUAAGCAAGUACGCGGAUUCGGUAGCCAUGCGGAGGAAUUCGCUGGUCCUGGAGUACGGCGACCCCUACUACAUGACCAGAAACUUCACCAAUGUGGUGCAAGCAAUGCACUCGGCUAAUGUCUCCGUCUACGCCUCAAACCUGAAAAAUGAAUUCCAGAGCUUCCUUUUCGAUUACAACAGUGAUCCUUACCAGGAGAUUGCCACACUGCUCAGCAUGGGCGUGGAUGGACUCAUCACUGAUUUCCCAGCAACUGCAGUGGCAUUCCUGAAGUCGCCGUGUUCUGACCCAAAGGCGAAACUAGCGUAUACCAUCUCAGCGAUUGCACCGGGAGACAUGUUCAUGAACAGUGUGGCACCAUUGAUACCGGAUUUCGAUCCGAAGCAGAUAAACGGGUCAAGCUAUCCUGCCCUUGCUUCGAAGGACAUUGUGCCCGAGGCUCUACCCCCUGUUGCUAAUCCCAACGCCAGCUCCUCCGCCCCGGACUCCUCCACCACCAACACUUCAGCUCCACCGCCGCCGCCUAAAGACUCAAGCAGCGCCGGAUUUGCACCCACCAACAUCAUUGCACUAUCCCUUGUGGCCUUGGCUGGAAUACUAUUCCCAUAUUCUUUAUAGAAACCACACAAAAAAAAAAGAAAAGAUGAUGAUAAUGUUUCUAGUUCGUGUGAUUCUGUAAUAUGGGGGAUCAUCUUUCAAUGACAGGGGCGGCUCUCCCUAAUUGCUUGUACAAAUAUUGAUUGUUGCAGGUGCACUCAUGAGUCAUGCAUGAUCAAGGAAAUCCCAUGUACCCAAGCCAAGCAGAGGAGGAUGGAUUGGGACCCAAGAAUAACAACAUAAAUGUUACUCCUUACC